CGUCCUGCCUCCGGGAGCUCGGGGGUCGCUCGCCCUCCAAGGCCCGGGGUCGCUUUGCCGCCGGCUCUGUCGCGUUUGGACCCGUACGGUUACCAGAAAUCUUCAGGGGGACGCCAGGGGACCCAAGAAACCCCAAAAUGGAUUCUGUGGCCUUUGAGGAUGUAAGUGUGAAAUUCACCCUGGAGGAGUGGGCUUUACUGGAUUCUUCACAGAAGAAACUCUACAGAGAUGUGAUGAGGGAAACCUUCAGGAACCUGGCCUCCAUAGGAGAAAUAUGCAAAGACCAUGACAUUGAAGAUCAAUAUGAAAAUCAUGGGACAAAUUUAAGCACUCAUAUAGUAAAGAGACUGGGUAAAAAUAAACAAGGUAGUCAAUAUGGAGAAAACUUCAGCCAAAUUCCAAAUCAUAAUCAGAAAAAGAAAACUUCUUCUGGAUUAAAACUGUGUGAAUGCAGUGUGUGUGGAGUCUUCAUGAAUCAUUCAUUCUUUAGUAGGCAUAUGAGAUCUCACACUACACCCAAACCAUCUGAGUAUCAGGAAUAUGAAGAAAAGCCAUAUAAAUGUAAGGAAUGUGGGAAAGCUUUCAAGUAUCGCCAAUCCUUUCGAAGGCAUGAAAAGAUUCACACUGGAGUGAAGCCCUAUAUAUGUAAGCACUGUGGUAAAGCUUUCAGUUGUCUCAGUUAUUGUCGAACUCAUGAAAUAUCUCACACAGGAGAGAAACCGUAUAAAUGUAAGCAAUGUGGUAAAGCUUUCAUUUGUCCCAGUUACUUCAGAAAACAUGAAAGAACACAUACGGGAGAGAAACCAUAUGAAUGUAAGCAGUGUGGUAAAGCCUUCAGCUGCUUUACAUCCUUUCAAAGCCAUGAAAGGAGACACAGUGGAGAAAAGCCCUAUGAAUGUAAAAAAUGUGGCAAAGCCUUCACUUGUCCAAGUUACUUUCGAAAACAUAAAAGAAUUCAUACAGGAGAGAAACCCUAUGAAUGUAAGCAGUGUGGUAAAGCCUUCAGUUGUUCCAGGUCCUUUCGAAGCCAUGAAAGGAGACACAGUGGAGAAAAGCCCUAUGAAUGUAAAAUAUGUGGCAAAGCCUUCAGUUGUCCAAGUUAUUUUCGAAAACAUGAACAAAGUCAUACUGGAGAGAAACUCUAUGAAUGUAAGGAAUGUGGGAAGUCCUUCAGUUGUCCAAGUUACUUUCGAAAACAUGAAAGAAAUCAUACUGCAGAGAAACCCUAUGAGUGUAAGGAAUGUGGGAAAGCUUUGAGUUCUCUUACCAACUUUCGAAGACACAUGAUGAAGCACACCGGAGAUGGGCCUUACAAAUGUAAGGAGUGUGGGAAGGUUUUUGACUGUCCAAAUUACUUUCAAUAUCAUGAAAGCACACAUAGUGGAGAAAAGCCAUAUGAAUGUAAGGAAUGUGGUAAAUCCUUCAGUACUCCCAGAUCCCUUCAAAAUCAUGAAAGAACUCAUACCAGAAAAAAACCCCAUGAAUGUAAGGAAUGCGGUAAAGCCUUCAGUUUUCCCUGUUCCCUUCAAAAACAUGAAAGAAGUCAUACUGGGGAGAAACCCUAUAAAUGUAAGCAAUGUGGGAAGGCCUUCACUUAUCUCAGUUCCAUUCAAAAACAUGAAAGAGCUCAUAGUGGAGAGAAGCCCUAUGAAUGUAAGGAAUGUGGGAAAGCCUUCAUUUCCCUUUCCAGUGUUCAAAGACAUAUGAUAAAGCACACUGGAGAUGGGCCUUGUAAAUGUGAGAUGUGGGAAAGCCUUUGAUUGUCCUAGUUCAUUACGAACACAUGAAAGAACUCACACUGGAGAGAAACCCUAUCAGUGUAAAAAGUGUGAUAAAGCCUUCAGUCGUCCCAGUUCUUUACGAAGUCAUGAAA